AUGGUGCCGUUCCGGAGGCUCGACUUUCAGGAUAAUCCGAUAGCUGAGGCAUUGGACAUGUGUGCGAGGUUACGGUUUGUGCUGCUGGAAGUGAACGUAAAGCCGAACCUUGUUUAUGAUGAUUACGAUAUCAUGGGAGAUCUGAUCGUUGGAGCUGUGAAGGGGCUGAAGAAGCCGAAGCGAUCGGUGGUAAGGGUAGAUGCUCGGAGCUGGGAGACUACAAGGCAUGUGGCUGAGGAAGUAGCGCAUGAGCUUGAGUACGAGAGAGAUGUCGAGACUGCUUGA